AUGGUUCCAGGAGAGAGAAGGUUGAGGGAAAGGAGCCAGUGGAGAAAGGCUUUGAAGAGACCAGCAAGAAGAAGUAAUUACUGGAGCAAAGUAAUAAACGAAGCAGCAUCUCUCCUUUGCGGCGGCGGCGGCGGCCAGAGAGCGAGAGUACGAAGGGCGGCAACCCGAGUCACGGCAGGACAGGCAUUUAGAAAGUUUCUUCCCCUCUUUGACCGAGUAUUAGUUGAAAGAAGUGCACCCAAAGUUGUAACCAAAGGAGGCAUUAUGCUUCCAGAAAAAUCGCAAGGAAAAGUAUUGCAAGCAAUGGUAGUAGCUGUUGGAUCAGGCUCUAAAGGAAAGGGUGGAGAGGUUCAACCAGUUAGUGUGAAAGUUGGAGAUAAAGUUCUUCUCCCAGAAUAUGGAGGCACCAAAGUAGUUCUAGAUGACAAGGAUUAUUUCUUAUUUAGAGAUGGUGACAUUCUUGGAAAAUAUGUCGACUAAAAUAAGUCACUAUUGAAAUGGCAUCACGUGAAGCUGCCCGUUCCCCCAGUGGCAUCACAUGAAGCUGCCACUGAAGUUCUGAAAUCUUUCAUCCUGUAAAUAAUUUCCGUGUUUCUUUUAUAAUAAAGUAAUGAUAUCCAAACUAAAAAAAAAAAAAAAA